AUAACAUUUGGGAUAAUUAAACCAGAUGCAAGGAUUUCCUCCAGCAUAAGUGUGGAUUCAUAAGCAACCUUCAAUCCGUUUUCUUCAUCCCAGACAGGAAAAUGAUAAUUAAGGUGCUGAUUGGAGUUCUGUGUGGUGCUGCUGUACUCACCGUAGGUAUCCUAAUCGGUCACUAUGGGAUCAGCAAGAGCAGCGGCUCAGCACCAUCCUGGGUAAAAGAUGUGGUGAAGGAUGUGGACGAGACCCUCAUUGAGAGGUUCCUGUCUGAGGUGAAUAACAUCGAGAUUCAGGAGAACCUCAGGGAGUUGACCAAAGUGCCCCAUAUGGCCACCACAGCUGGAGAUGAGCAGACAGUGCAGCUUAUGCUUAAGAGAUGGCAGGACCCUGACUCUGGUCUGGACCAGGCCUGGAGAGAGGAGUACAUGGUCUACCUGUCCUUCCCUGACCCAAACAACCCCAACAAGGUCACUGUAGUGAGUCCAUCCAAUGCCGUCCUGCACACUGUCAGAGAAAAAGAGAAGCCUUAUACUGACGACCAAAAAGAUCCUGAGGUGGUCCAGCCAUACGCUGCAUACUCCCCUGCUGGACACCCAAAGGGGAAACUCGUAUACGCCAACCAGGGGAAACCAACUGACUACGAGGAGCUGAACAAGACGGUGGACCUCAGAGGAACCAUUGCUAUCACUAGAUAUGGUGGAGCUGGAAGAGCUGCUAAGGCCAUCAAUGCAGCCCCCUAUGGUGUCAUUGGUGUACUUGUCUACACGGACCCUUUGGAUAUCAAUGACGGUCUCAUGUCUGACACCAAUGAAACAUAUCCUCACUCCUGGUACAUGCCGCCUUCUGGUGUAGAAAGAGGUUCCUUUAACACGCACUAUGGAGACCUGCUCACACCCUAUCUAGCUGCUAAAGAGGAAACCUACAGAAUUCCUCCCGAGAACAUUACAGGAAACCCUCCCAUCCCAAUUCAACCGAUUGGAUUUGAGGAUGCCUACACAUUAAUAUGUGCACUGGGUGGAGUGGAAGCUCCAGCUGCAUGGCGGGGAGGAUUCAACUGCAGCUACAACUAUGGUGGUCCAGGGUUUAAAACUACAUCUGCCUUCAACAACAGUGAUGUGAAACUAGACAUCUACAACUAUGAAGAGAUAAAGAAUUCCUCCAAUGUGAUGGGAAUUAUCAGGGGGAGUGUCGAGCCAGACAGGUAUGUGAUUUAUGGGAACCAUAGGGACAGUUGGGUCCAUGGUGCCAUUGACCCAAGCAGUGGGACAUCAGUCAUGCUGGAACUGACAAGGGUACUGGGCCGGAUGGUCAAGCAGGGAAAAUGGAGGCCUCGCAGAUCUAUUAUCUUUGGAAGCUGGGGAGCAGAGGAGUUCGGCCUUAUUGGGUCUGCUGAAUACACUGAGCAAUACUACAGCAAGCUCAGUGAACGCACUGUUGCUUACAUCAAUGUGGAUAUAGCUGUUUUUGCCAACGCCACUCUCAGGGCUUCAGGUAUGCCAUCAGUGCAGAAUGUCAUCUUCAAAGCUGCUAAACAGGUCAAGGCACCUGGACUGGACUCAACGUCUGUGUAUGACAACUGGAAACGAUACUCGAACAGAACUAGCCCAGACCAUGGACUCAUUCCUAAAAUGGGGUACCUAACAGGAGCAGGGAGUGAUUAUGCUGCCUUUGUCCAUUACCUGGGAAUCACUUCCAUGGACAUUGCAUACACCUAUGACCGGACUAAAACAAGUGCUCGGAUUUACCCUGCAUACCACACAGCAUACGACACCUUUGACUACUCCUCAAAGUUCAUUGAUCCUGGGUUCGUCAGUCACCAGGCCAUUGCAAGGACUGCAGGAAACGUCCUGAUACGAUUGGCUGACAGCCUGGUGUUGCCAUUAAACUGCAGUGACUAUGCUGAGGGUCUGGAAAGCUACCUCAACACAGCCGUGACCCUAUAUGAAGAUCAGCUAAAAGCUAAGGACAUCUCCAUGGAACCAUUAAAACGUGCCGUGACCAGCUUUCGCAGUGCAGCUACUCAUUUGGAUCAAGUAAUUCGAAGUUCAGACCUGGCAAAUGAAACGCCGCUGAAAGUCCGAAGGAUCAAUGACCAGCUCAUGCUGCUGGACCGAGCUUUCUUAGAUCCUCUAGCCUUUCCAGAUAAAUAUGCAUUCAGGCAUGUUAUCUGGGCCUCCAGUUCUGCCGGCAAGUCUACCUUUCCAGGUCUGGCUGAUGCUUACGCCAAUGCUGACUUAUCAGGACAGCCCCGCGACUGGGAAAAGGUGCAUUACCAUCUGUCAGUCCUGAGCCAGGCCAUUGAGGGUGCCGCCCACACACUGGUUGACGUCAUAUAGAUGAAGGGGGAAGGAAAGAGGGAAGGAGAGUGGGACUGCAGUCAAUCAGGGAUUUUACAAAAAAAGAGACAGGAUGGAGAAAGGGCAGCUAACAGCAGCACUGAUUUCCUGUAGGUUGACAUUACAUGAUGGGAUUUGGGAAUCAUUGAAUAAAGCUCAUCAACUAACAGUUAGUAUGACUCUUUGUGAUGUUUUCUGUCUUUGUCAUUGGAUUGAAAAUAUUUAAAUAUUAAGAAUCUUUUCAUUAAAGCACUCAUGAUG